CAAUCCUACAUUGAAGAGCUGCAGAAGUUCCUCGAAGAUGCCAACUACAAAGUGUCUCUCAACUUGGAACCCCCAAUCAAGAUUGACACCCCACUACAACCUCAAACGCCUCAAGGUUCCCUUCCAAUUUUCUCAAACAGCAGCUCCUCCACCUCCACUGAACGCCGCAGCGCCUCCAGCCGUUCAACAAAAUCGGGCUACACAUCGGAUCAAGAUCAGGCUACUGUUGCCGCAACUGUGCCUCGAAAGAAGUCUGUCAUACCAAUUAGCUUCAAGGCACUCUCAAAGGCUCUGACAUUGGAAGUAGGCACUACAGCAGAAGAGGAAGUGGAGGGCAACUGUUGUGGUGGGAAAUCUGGAGGGAAGAAAAUGUCCCUCCAUGUGCCGAAUUCUGUGGGACCGCUGGAAGCCAUUGUGGCUGCUUUUCCGAAAACAACUCUUUUCUCCGGUGAUUUUUCUGCUCUCAAGGGUAGCAAGCAAUUCUCCCCCUGCAAAGUAUCCAAAUCUCGCAAUGGCUCUGAGAACGAUUCAAGCGAGUGCAAAUCAUCUCUUGAGAUGGAGGCAUCUGGUGUCUCCACUCAUGAUCAAGAGGUUCAGGUACCUUUUCCACUCUCCUCCGAUUCUUCCUCUUCUACUCUCACCUCUCCUUCCAUGACAUGUCUUCUCUGUGGUCGUUCUCCUGACAAUCAAUCAUCUCCCAAGAAGGAGAAACAGUCUCAGACGGAUUUGUUGAGGUAG